AAUAUUUACUGGCUGUGUCGUAUGAUAAAGAACGAAGCGUACACCAUGUUAGUUUGUAUCUCGCAAUCUCUAAAAAUCUGUCCAUUCCUUAGCAGAGCUCACAAUAUUUUCAUUCAUAAAAGCACCUGGAAAUUCCUUAUCUAAAUAUAGGUACAGGUGAAUACCUGGUUUAUUUUUAUAUACAGUGUACGUACCUAAUAUGUACAAUGUAUACGAUGAUUUGAUUUAAUAAGGAAAACAUGGUGGAAAUAAAACUGCCGAUGAUCUAUGUUACCGUUAGUGCUUUCUUUCUGUUAUUGAAUAACGCUUCAGGUGUUCCACUUAAUAACACUAUCUGUUUAAGCGAAAGGGUACUAAAAUCGACAUGCUUGAAGACAUGUGGUGAUCGCAUGUGCGACUUCGACAGUUACUGCGGUGAAGAUGGGCGGUGCCUGUACUGCAGUGAUGCGGACUGUAAAUCCCCUCCCCCGGGCUGCCAGAUCUCCUGUUUAUUGAGAAGCGAAGAUUUCACUAAGAUGCAUCACGCGGGAAAUAGAAUGACCACAGGACGAAUGGAAGAAGCAGGAAUUUUCUCAAAUCCGGAUUACCUCAUCACCUCGCUGUCAUUUAAUAUAACUCUCUUGGUCGUGCUAUGUCUGACCAACAGAGAAUGGAUUGCCACAAACGUUUUUAUGAAGUUAUCUGAAUGGAGAAAUAAACGAUCAAACAAAAAUCUGAAAAUACCAAUUGUGGUUAAUAACAGUGUAGAUGGACAAACAGCGUUGCUGGUCACUGGCAAAGGCCCCACCCAUAGUGAUGAUAUAACUGAACAAAUAUAAAAUACAUAACUAUCGAGCUCAUGUAGAGAAGAACGAAGUCAUUAUUGCCAUUGUUUUAUGUCUGAUCUCAGAAUUGUAACCUGUGUUCACGAGCGAUUGUAACUAAGGACAGAAUAAAUUAUAUUUAUAAACGUUA